GCUAUCUCUAAACGCCACAAGAUCCCAGAAUCCACUGCGCCGCUCUGGACAAGGUGACAGGGGACGGUGAAAAUGGCCUCCGCUUAUCUUACUCACCAACAGAAAGUGAUGCGACUUUAUAAGAAGUCACUGAGGCACCUGGAGUCAUGGUGCGUCUUUAGAGACAAGUAUCGGUUCUACGCCUGCAUGCUGCGGGCUCGCUUCGAUGAGAAUAAGAACGAGAAGGACAUGGUUAAGGCUACCAAGAUGCUAAGGGCGGGAGAGGAGGAAUUCUGGGCCAACCAGCACCCACAGCCUUACAUCUUCCCUGACUCUCCUGGAGGGACUUCAUAUGAGAGAUACGAGUGCUACAAGGUGCCAGAGUGGGUGCUGGACUACUGGCACCCAUCAGAGAAGGCCAUGUACCCUGACUACUUCUCUAAGAGGGAGCAGUGGAAGAAACUGAGAAUGCAGAGCUGGGACAAAGAGGUCGCCCAGCUGCAGGCUGAGACUCCGGCUGAUGGGCCCAAGACUGAGGCCCUCCCUCCUGCCCGUAAGGAGGGUGACCUCCCCCCUCUGUGGUGGCAGUUUGUCACCCGCCCCAGGCAGCACCCCACAUAAACACCAACACCUUCUGGGGUCAGUUGUCUCCAAAGUCUGAGGGGAAACUAAUGGAACCACACAAUAGCAGCACUGCAGAAAUAGACUGACCUCACAUUGUAAAGGGUAACAACUGUGCAGGUGCUUUACUGAAGAGUUCAGUUCAGUGGUUGGCGAAUCAAAUAUACCUGUAACUAUUCUAAUAAAUGCGUAAUUACA